CAUAGUAUUUGGGAAAUGACGGGGCGUUGCUCCGAAAGGAGAACUGGAACUGUGCUUCAGUGCGGCAUCUUUUCAGACGCCGAUCAUAGACAGAAGUUUGUGCUGCCAUAAGAACAUUUGUUUAUUCGGCAACAGCACCGACCACCCACCACGGAGACCAAUGCGGGGACGGGGCAGAGCUUGUGUAAAAGUCUGCACGACGCCAGUCGUACGCCGUCCCCAUUACCAAAUAUUGACACAUGUACUUGUUUUUAUCGGGCGACACGUUGUUUUUAUCGGGCGACACAUGCAGGCGGGACGCGCCUGCAUGUAUCCGAAGUUUCUGGAAAGUUAUCGAUGCUUCUAACCGCUGUCUGUUGUCGCCGAACCUUGUGUUAUCUGAUUUCAUCGCUUGACAUGAAUGGUGUAGAACUUUGUAGAAGGCAUGCGGGUCCCAACGAUUAGUCUGGAACAUUCGAUGACUGCUGUAUAAAAGCCGACGCGCUUGACCCGCUGAUCAGAUUUUCGACGAUCGCCGAGCGUGUUCGCCGCUAUCGUUGUGCUAUAAGUGUAGCCUGUUUUGUGGGCACAGGUUCGCCCAAUAAAAGUUAGUUGUGUCAAUCACAGUAUUGCUACUGUGUUAUUCAACGUCACCACCACGUGACAAUAUGGUGUACCCAAGGUAGGAUAGCCACACAAGGUUAACCCUUGCUGCCGUGGAGAAAGGAAGUAAAUGGAAGGGAGAAGAAGACAGGAAAGACAGAAAGUGAGAGAGAAAGACGAAGGUUAGAGGAGAAAGAGACAGGAAGAGGCGCCUGCCGAUUUCCUCCGGGUGGGUCAGUCCGGGGGUGCCGUCUAUGUGAAGCAGAGGCCAAAGAGGUGUGUUGCCUCCGCCGGGAGGCCUUAAAGGUCCGAACACCCGGCAUCGGCUCAACCCCCAGGAUUCCGCUUUCCCCGGACACUGCUAAGCCGCGCAUGGCUACACGCAGGAGGGUCCAGCCCUCGUGUACUCGGGUACGUGGUGUCGCAACACACCACACGCCUGCUGACGCAGACACCCCUGUGGGGUCGUAUUUUUAUGAGUGGAUAACAUGAUAUCUCGGAAAGUUCUGCCUUUGACGCCCAAAGAACUGGAACACAUCUUUGGUACGCCCUCUUUCUUGAGGGCGAUCAGGAAGGGGAGGAAAGGAACUUGCCAUAGAGAAAUGUAGUUUUCGGCAAUAAUGCCAGCCACCCGCCGUGGAGCCCUACGAGGGGACGCUACAGGAGCUGUAUAACAGGUCCUGCAAAUGCCAGCUGUACGUCCUCACUAUAACCGAAUAUGAAAUAACCCAGGUUGGCUAUUCACACAAAGUUAACCCUUGCUGCCUGGAAACUUGGAAGCAAAGGGAAACUAGGAGAAGACAGAAAAGAUGGAAAGUGAGAAAAAGACGAAGGUUGGAGGGAGAGAGAGACAGGAAAAGGCAAUUACCAAUUUCCCCCGGGUGAGUCAGUCCGGGGGUGCCGUCUACGUGAAGCCGAGGCCGAAGGGGUGUGUUGCCGCCGCCGAGGGGCCGUAAAGCUAUAAACACCCAGCAUUGGCUCAACGCCCCCGAUCCCCGUUUCCACGGACAUGGCUAAGCCGCGCACGGCUAGACGCGGGAGAGUCCAACCCUCGUGUGCUCGGUACAUGGGGUCGCAAUACACCAAAUGCCUGCUGACGCAGACGCCCCUGCAGGGGGGGUGAAUUCUUUUAGCAAACCUCUCUGUCCCCUGUGCCACUUUUGCCCUUUAACUCUACUCGUCAAUUCCUUACAGGUCUGGGAUGAGCAUCAGGAAACUUUGCUGACAGAGUUCAGCGAUACCAGCCUGCAGCUUUGUGGGGAUGGGCGAUGUGAUUCCCCUGGCCACAGCGCCAAGUUCCUCUCGUACUUCUUCCUGUGUCCUGAAAAGAGAAAAAUCAUACACACAGAGCAAGUUCAAGUGAAGGAGAGUGAACAAGUGCAGGCAAGUGCUCAGAUGGAAAAAGGGGGCCUCGUAAGAGGUCUGAAAUUUUUUUGUGAGCAAGGCACGAGUGUGAGCUCAUUGAGUACAGACCGCCACUCGGGAAUUAAGCAGCACAUGCGGCUGCAAUGUCCAGAGAUCAAUCAUCACUUCAACGUGUGGCAUGUUGCAAAGGGCAUCAGGAAAAAGCUGGCUGCAGCUUCACGAAGGGCUGGAUGCAGCGCUAUUACAAAAUGGACACAAGCCAUCACCAACCACCUGUACUGGUGUGCAUGCUCUUGCGGUGACAAUGGGGACAUGCUGGUGGCGCCAUGGAGUAGCAUGCUGAACCACAUAAAGAACAUACAUGAAGGACAUGGUGGCCUGUACCCCCGCUGUCUUCACAGAGGAUCCUGCCGCCGCAUGCAUGGCUCACUGCUGGAGGACGUGGAGGACGGUCAGCCUCUCCCCGCAUCUACCACAGGUUGGAGGCUCGUUUCCGCAUCCUCAGGCAAGAUCACCUGCAAAGUUACCCAUCCUGCGGACCCAUCCAGAAACCACUUCUGCUCUGACUUCCCACAUUUAGUCAAGUGUGUUCGCAACUCGUUUGUAAGCACCGGUUUCACCACUCCAGACGGUCGUGCAUGUGCUGAGCACAUAGAGGGAGCAUGGGACAAAGACAAAAGUUCUCUAACCUUGAAGGCCAUGCCACAUAUUACAAAAGCACACGUUCGGCCCAAAUCAUUUGAGAAAAUAAAAGUGAGCUUGGCCUUCACACUGGGCCAAAAAUGACA